AUGUUGUGGAAAUUAACCGAUAAUGUCAAGUACGAAGAGGACUGCGAGGAUCGCCACGACGGGAGCAGCAAUGGGACCCCGCGCAUCCCCCACCUCUCCUCGGCCGGGCAGCACCUCUACAGCCCCGCGCCGCCGCUCUCCCACGCCGGGGUGGGCGAGUACCAGCCGCCCUACUUCCCGCCGCCCUAUCAGCAGCUGGCGUACUCGCAGUCAGCCGACCCCUACUCGCACCUGGGAGAAGCCUACGCCGCCGCCAUCAACCCGCUGCACCAGCCCGCGCCCACGGGCAGCCAGCAGCAGAGCUGGCCGGGCCGCCAGGGCCAGGAGGGCGCCGGCCUGCCCUCGCACCACGGCCGCCCGGCCGGCCUGCUCCCGCACCUCUCGGGGCUGGACGGGGGCUCGGUGAGCUCCCGCAGGGACGCCUACCGCCGCUCGGACCUGCUGCUGCCCCACGCGCACUCCCUGGACCCCGCGGGGCUGGCGGACAACCUCGGGCUCCAUGACAUGGCUCACCAGAUGGACGAGGUGCAGAAUGUUGACGAUCAGCACCUACUUCUGCACGAUCAGACUGUUAUUCGCAAAGGUCCCAUCUCUAUGACUAAGAACCCCCUGAGCCUUCCCUGUCAGAAGGACCUGGUGGGAGCCGUGAUGAAUCCAAGCGAGGUCUUCUGCUCGGUCCCUGGAAGACUGUCCCUCCUCAGCUCCACGUCUAAAUAUAAAGUGACAGUGGCUGAGGUCCAGAGGCGACUGUCACCACCAGAAUGCUUGAACGCCUCCCUCCUGGGCGGUGUUCUCAGAAGAGCUAAAUCCAAAAAUGGAGGCCGGUCCUUGCGGGAGAAGCUGGACAAGAUAGGAUUGAAUCUUCCAGCCGGCAGGCGCAAGGCUGCUCAUGUGACCCUCCUGACGUCCCUAGUGGAAGGUGAAGCAGUUCACCUGGCCCGUGACUUUGCAUACGUCUGUGAAGCGGAGUUUCCUAGUAAACCAGUGGCCGAGUAUUUAACCCGACUUCAUCUUGGAGGACGAAACGAGAUGGCAAAUAGGAAGAAUAUGCUCCUGGCUGCACAGCAAGUGUGCAAGGAGUUCACAGACCUCCUCAAUCAAGACCGGACCCCCAACGGGAACAACAGGCCCACCCCGGUGUUGGAGGCGAACAUCCAGAACUGCUUGUCUCAUUUCAGCCUGAUUACCCAUGGCUUCGGCAGCCAGGCCAUCUGCGCCGCCGUGUCCGCCUUGCAGAACUACAUCAAAGAGGCCCUGAUCAUGAUAGACAAGUCCUAUAUGAACCCCGGAGAGCAGAGUCCAGCGGAUUCUAACAAGACUCUGGAGAAAAUGGAGAAGCACCGCAAGUGACACUGGGCGGACACAGGGCGGGAGAGUUAGAAGGGCGAGGACUGCGAGAUCGAUCCCUUCCUGCUCCCGACAGUCUGCCAAGCCCUCGAGCCUGGGGAAGCGCUCACUACCUACCUGAUCUGUGCCUGGCUCAAUGGCGAUUCUGAUUUUUCCUCUUGGACUCGUUGAUUUCUCAAGCGUUGAAGUAUCUUAACUCUGGACAUUGGAUCCCAAGGUGACAAGUGCUGGGUUUUGCUUUUGUUAUGUAUUGAGCGUUUAUACAUUGGAACCCCACUCAUCCUUUCCCUCAAAGUGGUGCUUCAAGUUUUAAAAUCAAUAAACUGCCUGGGCCUCACAAGAAACCAUACACUUGGCUGUUGUGAUGUCAGAUUGACAUGAAUGACAUGAACAGAUCGACAGCGUAUUUUUUCAGUGUUAAGAUACAAUGGCUGGUUUUUGCAUCCACUACAUAUUUAUCAUAAAAAACGAGUAUUUAUCUAGGUUCUUCAACAAUCCCGUGUGCCAGCGGGAGGCGGAGGUUCUGUGUGCCUAGGAGCUGGUGAACGGGUGAUAUUUGACACACUUUGAACCCCAAGUUCAAAGGGGGCCUUCUGAUUUUAGAAAACUUGGAGAAACAAAGCCUGCUGAUUUCGUUUUUCUUGUCUUGUUUUAACUUGGAAAGUUAACUCUUUCAAUGGGGACCUCUUGCAAAUGGACCUGAUCCUGUAAGGUACUAAAGCUUUAUUUGCAUAUUUAUUGCAGAUCUUGAUUUUUUUUUUUUUUUUUUUGAGUAAACUUGAAAAGGGUAGGCACAAAGCCUGGCAGCUGCCUGUCGCCCCCGCCCCCCAGUCCCUGCGGAGCUCUGUAUUUUGAGAAACAAGUGUGUUGUGUGUACAGAUUUUAUUUAUGCAUAAUUUAAUGGGGUCUGUAAAUACUGGUGUACUUCUAUGACUUUUUUGAGAAAUGGGAUUCGAUUUUAAUAUUAACUUUUAAUGGUGGUGGGGUAAUCUAUAACACAUCUUUAGACUUUAUCGUACGUACACAGGGUAUUAAGACUUGAGACGAUACUUGGAUUGGAAGAUUCUAUUUAACUGGAGCUCUCAGGAAGCAGUCACUGUAUCUCGUUCCCGUGGGCUCAUUCCUGAGCUGCGUGUGUGGGUGGAGUUUGUGUGGGUGAGACGGAGAGGUGAAGCUGAACUCUUACUUCUGUAAAUGGUCCUCUAAUAAUUGCUGUGUAUGGUACUUGUAUAAUAAAAGUAUUCUCAGUAGAAUCUGUGAA